GCGAUAGGCUGUUCGCUUUGAGACGAAAGAGAUGAGAAAUGAGACGGUGUGACCUCGAAGUUACUUUCCAGUGCCAGUGCCAUUUUCUAUUUUCCAUUGACCACGAACCAUCUCUUACUCCUUGCUAUUGAAUAUCAACCGUAACCAACGCAACCAUCUAGUCAGGUAAUAGCCAUAUUGUCAAUUGGUUAGGCUAGUAGAGGGUAUCUUCCGUUUCUUCAUCUACUGUAUCAUUCUACUAGCUAGCUAUACUGUAGCUAGUAUUGGUAUUGUUAUUGGUGUUGUCAAUAUCUUCGCCAGAUCUUAGGAUCACUAGAUAUUGUCGUUGAAAAAUUGGACUGAUUUGGCCAUUGAGUCUUUUGAAGCGUCUUUUUGAAGAUGAAUGUGAAUGUUGUCACAAGAAACACAAAUCCGGAAUUGGCCAUUGAUUUUUCUUCCAGCCUGAAAGAAAAGUUGAAGGUCAAUAGCAAGAACAAGUCUAUUAAUAGAUCCAACACAGCCAGAGUAGUUCCUGCAGCCAUGAAGCUCUUCAAUCAGUUUUUGCCUUACCAUUUGAAGGCUCAGCAGCAGCCCAUGCUCUUGUCUACUGUAUCUACAAGUACAACAAGUACUGUAUCUACAAGUACAACAAGUUCUACAAGUACAAGUCCUACCAAGAUGAAGAUGAAGAUGAACUCCAAGAAGAAGAAACAUCUGCGCAAGAUUCACAAGUUUCUACUCAGUGACAACAGAGAUGCUUACCAGAGGUUCUGUCAACCCACUUCUACUUCUACUUCUACCUCUACCAAUACCAAUACCAAUACCAAUACCAAAAGAAAGUGCAAUUGCAAGAAAGAAGAACUAGAAAAGGAAAAACAACCUGAAGAUAUGACCAAUUCCACUUUGGAUUUGGAAUUGUCUUUUUCUUCGGAUUCUUCUGAAGCAGAUCUUCCUGAAACAAUUGAUCCAAUUGAACCAAUGGAAGUGUGCCUUUGCAACUGGGACUCUGAGGAGUUUGAGGAAUUUGAGCAAGAAGAAGAGGAGGAAGAUGAAGACACAGAGUCCAUCUCUGGAUCAGAUGCAGAUGCAGAUGCAGAAGAUCAUUUGGAUCAGCAACCUUUUGAUUGUCGCCAAGAUGAGCCAGAAGAGGCUGCCCCGUGCACCACCACCACCACCACCACCACCACGAGACGACAACAGCACCCACAGUACCACAGUAGACCCACCGUGCGUCUCAACUUGACGCGUCGUUCCAAUUGGAAGUUUGUCACGGACAAGCAAGAGUUGCAAGCUUGGAAGGAACAAAAAGAAUGGCUCGCACAAGACAAGAUGGCACUCAAAAAUAGACGACAAACACUACGAACUCUACGACGGACAUCCUUUCUACUGAGACUACCCAUGAGACGAGGAUUUGUCGAAUGGAACGAGUCAACUCGAAACAAUCUCAUCUUUAGUGUCAUUCCAGAACUACAAGACGAAUAUCAAGUUGAACAUCAAGAUGAGAUGAUGGACGCACGAGAGGUCGAUGUUGACGAACUGGAACUAGAAAUGGAGAGGAUGCUCGAACAACAGUAAAGAAACAAACCAACAGCAGACAGGUUCGGGAGCUGCCUAUUAGGUUCUUCAAGGGAUCCAACAAUGCAAUACUUACAUACACAAUACCGCACAGUUUUGACACAUUCAUUUUGUUUGGAGUACAUGUACACGUAUACAGCGUGAUAGUUUUUUAAUAAAUACUAAAGGAACAUCUAUCCGCACUUAC